AUGGGCAACGCCGUCGCUCGCGAGGCCCAGCCGGUCGUGCAGCGGCUCAUAUCUCGCUGGCUGCUCCGCUCGCGCCUCGAGGUGGCGCUCGCGGGCCUCGACGGGAGCGGCAAGUCCGCUCUCGCUCGGGCGCUGGCGGCCGAGCCUCCGCUCGCCGCCGCGCCGUCGCUCAAGCCGACCAUCGGCCUCGUCGUGCAGCGCGUGCAGCACAGCGGGCUCGACCUCUCGCUAUGGGACCUGGGCGGCCGGCAGCGCUUCCGUUUUGACUGGGCGCGGCACGUCUCAGGCUGCGACGCGCUCCUCUUCCUGAUCGACGUCUCCGACCGCGACCGCCUCGCCGAGGCGCGGCAGGCGCUGCACAUGCUGCUCGACGACCCGCGGCUGCGCGGCCUGCCUCUGCUGGUGGUGGCGAGCAAGUGCGACACGCUGCAGCCGCGCGACCGCGCGGAGCUCGAGCGGCUCGGCUGGGCGCCGCUCAGCCGCCUCCUCAACCUCGAUUGCGUCACGGAGCAGUCCUGGUCCGUCCUGGGCGUGUCGGCGACCGACGGGCUCAACCUGCCCGCACUCACGCGCUGGCUCGUGCUGCGGGCGCACUCGGGCCGGCCGCCGCGCGAGGGGGCGCUCGGCGAGGGGGCGAGCCGCUGGCCGGGCGGCGGCGCGCAGCGGCACGGGCAAGCCCUGCUCCGCCGCCUCAUGCCGCCCUGGCUCGGCCUCAGAGGCGGGGCGGCGGCGGUGCCGGACCACGAGUCGACGCUCUUGGGGGACGCGGAGCUGCGGCCGGUGUAG